AUGACCAUGGAAAAUGGUACGAGCCACAGUAUUCAUGAUACGGGUGAUAAUGCUUGGAUGAUGAUAUCCACUGCAUUAGUUUUACUUAUGACACCAGCAUUAGCUUUUUUCUAUGGUGGUCUUGUUGAUAGAAAAAAUGUUUUAAAUCAACUUUUUCUUUCAUUUAUUUGUAUGGGUAUUGUCUUUCUACAAUGGGUUCUAUUUGGUUUUUCAUUUGCUUUUGGUCCUCCAAUCAGUGCUGGUUUUGGAUCAUUUAAAUGGGCUGUAUUAAGAUUUGGUGAAAUUGAUAAUGACGUUUAUAGUCCAACAUAUCCAUUAUUAACAUUUGCUGCAUAUCACGGUACAUUUGCUAUUAUAACACCAGCUCUCAUUUCCGGUGCAAUUGUUGGUCGAAUGAAACUAAUUCCUUAUAUGAUAUUUAUUUUUAUAUGGACAACUGUUUGUUAUGAUCCAAUGGCUAAUUGGGUGUGGGGCAGUAGUGGCUGGUUAAAACAUUUGGGUACACUUGAUUUUGCUGGUGGAACUGUCGUACAUAUUUUAUCUGGUGUAUCUGGUCUUGUUGCAUCAUUAAUUCUUGGUAAACGAUCUGAUUAUGAUCCACAUAGUACUAUAGAUCAUAAUCUUCCAUUUACAAUAUUGGGCACACUUUUAUUAUGGGUAGGAUGGUCUGGGUUCAAUGGUGGUUCAGCUAAUGGAGCAGAUGGUUUAGCUGCUCUUGCAUUAGUCAAUACAAAUGCAGCUGCUCCUACUGGAUUAGUGACAUGGGUAGUCCUCGAUGCUAUUCGUGGCCAUAUAUCUAUAUCAGGUUCUUGUAUUGGUCCAAUAGUAGGUCUUGUAGCUGUGACACCAGCAUGUGGAUUUGUUCAACCUGGAUGGGCAUUGGUCAUGGCUUUUAUUACAACAACUAUCGUUUAUUUUCUUGUAUUAAACAAACAUCACAUGCAUUUUGAUGAUGCAUUAGAUGUUGCUAUUGUCCAUGGAUGUGGAGGUAUAAUAGGUGCAUUUUUGACUGGAGGUAUAAUAGGUGCAUUUUUGACUGGUUUAUUUCCUGAAAAAUGGGUAAACUCAAAAGACGGCGUUAAUGGUGCUUUUUAUGGACGACCAAUUCAAUUAUGGUAUCAAAUUGCUGGCAUUCUUACUGCCAUUGCUUUUGCUACUAUAUGUACAGCUGGUAUUCUUUAUCCUUUGGAUUGGAUAAUGGGUAUUCGUUUGGCUGAAAAAGAUGAACUUGAAGGACUCGAUAUAACAGCGCACGGUGAAAGUUGGCAAGUAACCGCAUCACGAGCUGUUAGUGAUCUAGUGAAAAGAAUUCUAGAAGAACAAGGUGUCACGAAAGAAGAAGCUGAGGAUGCUGGAACUUUGGAAUUACAUUACAAUCCCAAAAAUCCAAAUAAAAAAGCACUUAGAAUCCCUCUAUUAAAACGAAUAAAAUCACGCAAUUCACAAUUUGAUAUUGGAUCAGUAAAUAAUAAUCCAGUACAGCAAAAUCUUAACAAUACAAAGGUUGAUGACGAUGCAAUUUAUAUAGAACCAAUUAAUACACAUAUUAUUCGCUUUUAA